AUGGUUUCCUCCCCGAAUGGCCUGCCUUUGUCAAGGCUCCCUCAUUCCUACUACCAUUCAUGGGAAAGGCUAGCAGCAGACCUCCCUUCUCUCAUCAAGAACGGUCAGAUAAGAUCACUGAUCGACAGCCUGCCUGUUCUCACAACCUCAGAGUUGAAAUCUGAACCAGAGUGGCGGCGUGCAUACUCCAUUUUGGGAUUCCUAACCCACGCAUACAUCUGGGGAGGCGAGAAGCCCGCAGAGGUUCUACCGCCUGCCAUCUCCAAGCCCUUUCUCGAGAUUUCAUCCCGUCUCGGUCUCCCCCCAACUGCUACAUACGCAGCCCUCACCCUCUGGAACUUCACCACAACCCCAGAGGCAGACCUCACAGACCCUGACAACGUCUCUCUUCUCACCUCAUUCACCGGAACGAAAGACGAAGAAUGGUUCAUCGUCAUCUCGGUCGCCAUCGAAUGCAAGGGUGCCCGUCUCCUGUCGCUCAUGCUGGAUGCCAUUAGUGCCGCUACUGUUCACGAUGCCCAGCGCCUGACUGCUCUUCUCUACAGCUUUAGCGAUGGCCUCAGAGAUCUCACCACCAUGCUCAUACGAAUGUACGAGAAAAAUGACCCAAACGUCUUCUUUUAUGUCCUGCGGCCUUUCCUCGCCGGAAGCAAGAACAUGGCUGCAGCAGGUCUGCCGAAUGGUGUGUUCUAUGAUGUCGGCGAAGGCCAGGGCGAAUGGCAUCAAUAUAGCGGAGGUAGUAACGCCCAGAGCUCGUUGAUUCAAACCUUUGAUAUCUUCCUCGGAGUGAACCACUCCGCCACGGGUGAUAUCAAGCCAGGCACUGGAUACAUCAAGCCCCCCCACAGACAAUUCCUGGAAAAACUCUCCGACCUCUGCAAUAUCCGUGACUAUGUCAUCUCCGCACAGGGCGAGCCCGAGCUAAAGGAAGCCUACAACGCAGCCGUCAUGACUCUCAGUUCGUUCAGAGAUGCGCAUAUCCAGAUUGUCACGCGAUACAUUAUCAUGCCGGCGCGAAAUGGCCCCCCAGUGGAGCACACGGGCGAUAAGGUUAAUCUUGCGACCGCAAGUUCCCAGGUGGACGGGUUGCAGGAUAAUAAGCCUUCCGGUCUUUAUGGGACUGGUGGUACUAGCUUGAUUCCUUUCUUGAAGCAGACGAGAGACACUACGAAGAACGCUGCUUGUUAG